GGACCGAGCAGCAACCUUCUGCGACUUCGAUAACGACCAACAUUGACGAUGACAGCCUUGUAUACAAUCACAAUACCAUAAUAAUCACCACUGCACAUGUUUGCGACACGCAUUCUGUAGCCGAGCUGCAUCUCUACGCUUACUGUCGGUUCCUCUAACUCCGCAUCCAACAACCUCGAUCACCUCACCGAACAAUGCCCUCACAUCAUCCUGCCUCUCGGUGACCAUAAAGACCAAUGCGAACCUUUACGUUCCUCAAAUAAACUCCUCCCCGGGCGAUUGAAAUGCCGCCUGGGCCGACCGAUCCUCCCCCCUCCCUCGUCCCGAACGGAGCCAAUGUUUCCCCCAUUGAUGGCCCUCUAAGGAAAUCCCACGACAAAACAAUAGGCGGCGUCUUCACAUACACAAACGGCGGCGACGUAGAAACAGGAUACUCCGAGCGCAGGCUGGAUCAGUUCAGACAUCAUGCGAACAACAGUCAUGGUUCUCUCACAAAUGGCCUCCCCAAUGGCAACGUCAAGGCGACGACACGAGAUAGGGCGCAGUCAAAAGCCAGCAGUACUCAUUCGAUAGCCAGUGCGACUGCUAGACACUCCGGGCAUCUGUCCAAGAACUCGUUGCCUGUCGAUGGAAUGACCAGACUGUCUAGUGUAGAACAUGUGUCGGACGAGCGAAGUAAUGGCGUGCCUACGCAACCAGGUGGACAUACUCCCGAGUUGGGCAAACUGAAGACCGAUCUUCCCUCGAACAAACCCGACUAUGACCCCUAUCACAUGGUAACUGCUUCUACCAUGCCAGAUACUGCGCGCUCCGAUGGACAGUCACUAUCUCUGCAACCACCUCGCGGAGCUGCUCCGGCGCUCGCUCGCUUUUCCUCUCCUCCAGCCAUGUCUCCGGGCGCAUCGAUACAGGACCGUCAUCCUGACCCAGAGCGGCCGUCCGAGCCACCGAAACUGUCACACCGUCACACGCUGCAAGUACCAAAAUCGAAUCUGGCAGUCAGCCGAAAUUCACGUGAUUUCUCUUUCUCUGCAGGUCCGUCAGAAGAGGCUCUGUCAACCACUGGGCGCUUCUCGCCGACUCGGGAGCAUUUCGAUACAUCAGUGCCGCGGCACAGGAGGGCGUCACUCGGACUUGUUCGUAGGACGACCCGGUCGAUGCUGUCCGAGGGUCAUGCGGACGAUGUACCUCCGGAUGAGGACGCAGUACGGUGGACGGAGUUGAUCAAACAGAAAAGAGCAAGCAGGCGGAAGAGGAAGGAAGAGGAAGAAGACGAUGAUAGAGUCAUGGUGGGAAAGAAAGUCGAGGAAGGUCAUGUCAAUUGGGUUGCAGCGUACAACAUGCUGACCGGAAUUCGAUUUACUGUAUCGAGAACAAACGCAAAGAUGGAUCGACAAUUGACAGAUGCCGAUUUCGACGCGAAGCACAAAUUCAGUUUCGAUAUCACCGGAAAUGAAUUGACUCCGAGUGCGAAAUACGACUUCAAGUUCAAGGACUACGCCCCCUGGGUAUUUCGACAUCUUCGCAGCAUUUUUGGUCUGGAUCCGGGCGACUACCUGAUGAGUUUGACGAGUAAGUACAUAUUGUCCGAGCUGGGCAGUCCUGGCAAGUCUGGAUCUUUCUUCUACUUUUCCCGCGACUAUAAAUACAUCAUCAAGACGAUUCACCAUUCCGAACACAAACUUCUGAGAAAGAUUCUUCGCGACUAUUACCAGCAUGUGGUGGAUAACCCCAACACACUUAUCAGUCAAUUCUACGGGCUACACAGGGUGAAGAUACCCUAUGGUCGAAAAACGCAUUUCGUGGUAAUGAACAACCUCUUUCCACCACAUCGAGACAUUCAUACCAUGUUCGAUCUCAAAGGCUCCACGGUCGGCAGAGACUUUAGGGAGGAAGACCUGGUUAACAAUCCAAGAGGGACACUUAAAGAUCUGAACUGGAUCCGAAGGGACCUUCAUCUCGAGUUUAAUAUGCGGAUACGACAGAUAUUCCUGGAACAAUUGAGGAAGGACGUCGCUCUCCUUCAGAGGCUUCAUAUCAUGGACUACUCGUUGCUGGUUGGUAUUCACGACAUGACCAAGGGUAAUGAAGAGAAUCUCCGUGAAACCACGCUACAAGUUUUCCAGCCUGGUGGCGAGAAAGUGGAAGAUGGUCAUGGUGCUUCGAUGCUGACCAGGACGCCGUCUCGAAUGGAAAAUGCCAAAAAGGCACGAGAAUUGAGAUUGACAUUGAAGAAAGAGAGACCUGUGCCGAUGGGCAAAGUUCAUGCAAAGAUGCCAUCAGAAAUGGCUUCUGGCGACGAAAGACAUGAUCGCAUAUUCUACAGCUACGAUGGUGGUAUCAGGGCCACUCACGAAGAUGGCCGUGGAGGAGAGUCGAUAUAUUACCUUGGCGUUAUUGAUUGCCUUACCCAUUACGGGAUGAUCAAAAGAAUUGAGCAUUUCUGGAAAGGCAUGUCAGCGUCAAGGACACAGAUAUCUGCCAUUCCACCACAACAAUAUGGCGAACGUUUUCUCAACUUCAUUACUGGAGUUACCAUGACUCAGGAGGAAGCCGAGCGACGAAGGACUGAAGAAAGCCGACGGUCCGGUGUACAGACGUCAGCACUGUCGAUGGAGAGCCAACGGGACACCUACCGAUCUGGGUCGAUCACUGAAAAUCAGAUGAGCCCGGCCGUAGAGAAAACGAUGCAAAAGGCACAGAAGCAGACCGACAAAUCGACCCCAACCGGGAAAGGAAGAAGCGAAAGUGAAGAUGAAAAGCCUGAACGGACUCUCAGAACAGCUGAAGACUCGAGAAGCGCUUCCUUAUUACCUGUCGUUGCGGAAGCCGGUGAGAGUAGCUCACAAAGUUCUCGCAAACGUGCUCUGAGCCCGGCGGACGAAAGACCAGAAUACGACAGUGAACUUUCUGCUUCGCCACCUCGAAUGGACUCGAUACCGGGACUACGCAAAGUGUCGCCAUCGACAAUAGGCACAGCCACCGAUAUGGCGGAUGAUACGAGUUUUUCUAGUCCACAAGUGGCCGACUUUGAACCUUCAACACACACGGAUGGCGAUUCGGUGGGCGAAUAUGACACGGACAUGACAUUCAAUAAGCGGCCGGAUAAGCCGCCUCGGCUGGGGAGCGACUUGAUACAGCCUUGUUCACCAUUGAGUGAGAGUCUUAUGCAGUCUAUUCACGAGCACAUGGGGGAUGGCGACUGAAGCGCGAAGCCCCAUGGAGGAAUCGAAGUAUGAGGAAUUGUCUAAUCAGCCACUUCAACUGAGGGUGGAGGUAUUCCUUGACUUUCAUGGAGCCUCACGACAAGGCGUCAUCGGAUUCGGAUUUAGCGAGGCAUUUUUCAUUUUUGUUCUGAUCAUUGAGAACCCAGAGCCCCAUAAGGCUCUUCUUUUCAGGGGAUAUGGGGUUCACAAAACUCUUGAGAUCGUGACCAAACUGCCGGUUCGCACUGCCGGUGAGGUAUACUAGGAUAGGUGCACGGGAGAAAGAGGAGGACCGUCACGAUCUAUAUUCCGUCAAUAGUCAAGACUACCAAAUGGAUUGAUUCAUGUCCGGACGAGUGAAGCAGGAGUCUCAGAUAAAG